GACGCAGCCUCCUCCCGGUUCCAGAGAAUCGCAGUCACGUUCAGUCAGCGCCCGACUCCCGGUCUGUAGAGGUGCUGCUGCGUGUUCCUCUUCUUCUUCGCGUCGUGUUGUUAAUCUAUCCGAGAGGACAUUCCGGUGUUCCCUUCGACCGGAGAGCAUCCUCAUCGGGAUGACCGUCAUCAGGAGCACGUGGUCGUUGGUGAUUUUCCUGUGCGUAACGUCGUUACACGUCGGUGACACUUUUGCCAAAUACCAUCAUAUAAAAUUAAGGCACGGAAGGCAUCGUCGGCAGCACGGUGAGAGCUAUCUACCGAGCAGCUUCGUUCUUGAAACGGACGAGCUAGAAAGAGGAAAUUGGGGACCAUGGUCGAUGCCCAGCUCCUGUUCGCGAUCCUGCGGCGGUGGCGUCGCUCAUCAGACCAGGCAGUGUCUCGACGUAGACGAGAACGGAUAUCAAAAAUGCACGGGUUCCUCGAGGAGAUUCUUUUCUUGUAAUGUUCAGGCGUGUCCAGGCGAGCCGAAAGAUUUCCGAGCGGAGCAAUGCGCGGAAUUCAACAAUGUUCCCUUCGAAGGAGUGAUUCAUGACUGGAUCCCGUACACGGGCAGUCCGCACAAGUGCGAAUUAAAUUGUAUGCCACGAGGAGAAAGAUUUUUCUAUAGGUACAAAAUAUCCGUAACCGACGGAACGCCAUGCGAGAUCGAGAAAAACAAUGUUUGCGUCGAAGGCAAGUGUAUGCCGGUCGGAUGCGACAUGAUGUUAGGCAGCGACGCCAAGGAGGACGCUUGCAGAGAAUGCGGAGGCAACGGUACCGACUGUAACACAAUUCAAGGCUUAUUCGACAAUGACGACUUACAAGUUGGUUACAUCGAUAUUUUAUUAAUACCAGAGGGUGCUACUAAUAUCGUAAUAAGAGAGUUGGAACCUUCGAACAAUUAUUUGGCCAUACGAAAUACAUCCGGUCAUUAUUACCUGAAUGGCAACUGGAGAAUUGAUUUUCCACGUAGUCUGAGAUUCAUCGGUACGAUCUUCCAUUAUUCAAGAGAGCCACAAGGUUUUUCUGCUCCGGACAUUAUCACGGCACUCGGGCCAACCACCGAGCCGAUUUACGUUGUCUUACUCUAUCAAGAUCAUAACGUUGGUGUUCAUUACGAAUACAGUAUACCCAAAAAACUCUCGACGCGUACGGACGCCGAUAGUUACACAUGGAUCACUGAAGAAUUUUCGAGCUGUAGCACUAGUUGCGGGGGAGGUUAUCAGUCCAGAAGAGUAGCGUGCGUUCGAAGACGAGACAACCAACCGGUAGACGACAAUCUUUGCGAUCCACAGCUCGAGCCAGAGGAUACGCAAACCUGUAGCGAGGAACCCUGUCCAGCGGAAUGGGUGGAGGGUGAAUGGGGAGAGUGCAGCAAGCAUUGCGGCAAUGGCGGCUUACAGACCAGGGAGAUCAAGUGCGAACAGGUUGUAGCCGGUGGAAUACGUUCGAUCGUCGACGAUUCCCAAUGCGUAGAAAAGCUCGGACCGAAGGGCCCAACCACACAGGAAUGCAACGAACACGUUGACUGUCCACAAUGGCAUCUCGGACCGUGGAAACCGUGCGAUCAUCUCUGUGGAGAGGGCAAACAGACGAGAAAGAUAACGUGUUACGUCAAGAAGGACGGUAAGAUCGAAGUGAUGGAUGAAAGCGCAUGCGAGGGUGAAGUUCCCGAACGGGAGAAACAUUGCGAAUUGAGACCUUGCGAGGGCCUCGACUGGGUCGUUUCCGAAUGGAGCGGGUGCAACGAUAAAUGUGACCUCACUCAAGAGACGAGAACGGCUCAUUGCGCCACUCAAGACGGCACCGUGCAUCCGGACGACAAGUGUGAUUCCGAUAAGAAACCAGAACUUAUCAGGGAGUGCGAAGAUAUCCAAAAUUGCGAGUACCGUUGGUACGCGUCGCAAUGGAGCGAGUGUUCGGCCAAAUGUGGUACGGGCUUACAAACUCGAAAAGUAUUUUGCGCUACUUUCGUGGACGACGCUUUGAAGAAAGUACCGGAGUCUAAAUGCGAGCCUGAUAAGAAAUAUGAGAGCACGCAGAACUGUACGAUUGAGCACGAGGAGUGUAAGGGUGAAUGGUUCGCCGGUCCUUGGAGCAAGUGUACGAAACCGUGCGGAGGCGGUGAUAUGUCUCGUAAAGUAAUUUGCAUGAAGGACAACGCGACGGCUUCGCUCGAUAAUUGUGAUAUCAGUACGAUAAUGUUCGCGAAAGAGAGUUGCAACGAGCAUCCUUGUGGCGAAGACGAAGUUAUACCGGUUGAACCAAACAAAAGCAAAGCCCUGAUGGAACAGGAGGACGAGGAAUGCGAGGAAUACGAGGACGAAGAUUUCGUUACAGUCGGUUCUGAGUUUGCAGUGAGCGGCUCCAAGUCCGAGUACAAAGUAAUCGAAGGCUCAACGAGUGUCAAGUUUACAUCUUACACAAACGGAGAAAUCGCUAGUGACAUGGAUGAAAUGAUGUUCAGUGACGCUGGAUACAGCAGAGGUGACAUCUCUCCAGGAGACUUUGGGAGCGGUUACACCAGCAGCGGUUUCGGUAGUGGAGACGACUUUUUCAGUACAUUAUUUACCAGCAAUCCCAGUUCCGAAGAUUGGUCAACCGUGGAAGGAAGUGGCACUUCUCCCGACACCGAAUCAGUUACCGUUGAAACGAGCGAGACUGGAGCCAUUACGGAAUUCGAUGAAAGCGAAAGUACGGAAGUCUCAACGGAGUCUGGAGCUACGUUAGUAUCGGAGUCUGUUACCAGCGAGCCUGUCACUCGAGUAUCGAAGGAAGAAGAUUCCGAAACAACUGAAACGUCAUCGGACUCGGGAAGUACCAUCCAAUCUGGUGCUACCGAGACACCACUGAUCAACUCGUCUGACACUACAACUGAAUUCAUUGAAUCGACCGUGUCAUUAAGCAGUACGGAGGACUUCACCGAUAGUGCGUCUUCCGAACUAACAACGUCAAAUCUUUCAACGGACAAAUCAACGGAUUUCACCGAAUCUUCUGAUCUCUUUUCGAGCAUCGAUACGACAACGUCAAUGGAUGUCACGGUCUCGUUGUCGACAAGGUUUACGGAUUCUACUGUAUCUGGUGCAACGGAUGUAACGGAGACUACAGUGACAGAUUCUACGGAAUCAACGGAACCUACAGAAUCUACGGAUACGAUCGUGACAGAAUCUACGGAAUCGACCGUAACCGAAUCGACAGGGCCUACGGAAUCGACUGAAUCCACGGCGACAGACACGACGGAGUCGACGGAGUCAACGGAGUCAACGGAAUCCAAAGAAACGACAGAGUCAACAGAAUCGAUGGAAUCCAAAGAAACGACAGAGUCAACGGAGUCGACGGAAUCCAAAGAAACGGCAGAGUCGACAGAAUCUACGAUCAUUGAAAAAACGUCAGAAGCGAUCAGCGAGGAAACUAGUUCUGUUUCUAAAGUCACGUCUGAAUUACCAGAAUCUGCGACUGAAGGAUCCACCAUGUUAGGAGUGGUGAACGAAUAUGAUCCUUAUACUGAGGAAACAACGGAAUACGAAAAAAGUACAGGAAGUACAAUAACCGUGUUUGGUACGAGCGAAGCUUCGACACCGAUCGAAACUGGUAGCACUGUAGAAGUCGAAUUGACCGAGUCCGGUGCCACUAUCGAAACUGGUAUUACGACGGAGCUUGGAUCCUCGGAAUCUAGCACAUCCGGGGAAACGAGACAAUCUUCUUUCACUACCGAAACCGAACAGACUAUUGUUGAAACAACGGAAUCGGGUGCUACAACUGAAUCAGAAGUUAGCGGGGCAACCGAUAAUACGGAAUCAGAAAUUAGUGGGGCAACUGAAACAACGGAAUCGGGAAUGUCGAUUGUUUCAGAAGUAACGACGGAAUCGGGAAUGACCGGUGUAUCCGGUUUAACAACCGAAUCCGAAGGAACCAGCGAAGUCGCACCGACCGAUGAGACUGCCGUCUCUGGUCUAACGACAUCGUCUGAAAUAGAGGAAACAGAGUUCGAUACUGAAAAAACCCACGUUUCCGAGUUUUGGACAACGGUCAGUUCUGUGGAAACAACACAUAAAUUAAAAAAAUGCAAAAUCUACAAAAAGAAAUCUUGUAAAGUAUCUAAAUUUGGAUGUUGCUACGAUGAAAUCACUCCGGCUAAAGGUCCAUUCCAUAGUGGUUGUCCGACACCUAAAACUUGCAAUGAAACGAAGUACGGUUGUUGUCCCGAUUCCGUUUCUCCAGCUACUGGACCCGAUAACGAAGGUUGCCCUGAUACUCAUUGCAAUGAAUCACUCUUUGGAUGUUGUCCCGAUGGUAUAAACGCAGCCGAGGGUAACGACUACGAAGGGUGCAAGAAAGCGUGCAACGAGACGGAAUUCGGAUGUUGUCCUGACAAUGAAACACCCGCAGCCGGUAAAGAUAAUUUGGGUUGUUGCAACGUAACAGCUUACGGUUGUUGCGAGGAUGGCAUAAAAGCUGCCAUCGGGCCGGAUCAAGAAGGAUGCAAGGAGGAGAAGGUGGAGAAGGUGGAGGAGGUCACUUUGGAAACGACUACGGCCACGAAAGAAUACGAGACCACGACUGUAGCUAUCGAGGAAGAUUGUGCCAAUAUGACUUAUGGUUGCUGUCCCGAUGGCAUCAGGCCUGCUUCGGGAACAAAUUUCGAAGGUUGUGGUGUUAUCAAUACGGAAAAUUGCAGUGCUUCUUAUUUCGAUUGUUGUCCCGACAAAAUAUCGCCAGCGCUUGGUCCAAACAAUUAUGGCUGUCGAAUGCCAUGCGAGAAUACGACGUAUGGUUGCUGUCAGGAUGGCGCGACCCCGGCUCACGGACCGAACGGGGAAGGUUGUUGCCUUACGACACCUUACGGUUGUUGUCCUGACAACGUAUUACCAGCACGCGGACCCGAUCUAUACGGAUGUGGUUGCCAGUACUCAAGAUUUGGAUGUUGCCCCGAUAAUUCGACGGCUGCACGUGGAUCCAACAAUGAAGGUUGCGGCUGCAAGUACACGACACAUGGAUGUUGCCCGAAUCGAUUCACACCAGCAACCGGACCUAAUUACGAAGGCUGUCCCUGUUACACGUAUCAGUUUGGAUGUUGCCCGAAUGGUAUUACCAUCGCUAAAGGACCACACGGCCAAGGUUGCGGAUGCGAGAAUACAGAGUUUAAAUGUUGCUCCGACGGCAGAACUCCGGCGAAAGGACACAACUUCGCUGGCUGUACUUGCGACGCUUCUAAGUACGGCUGUUGUCCGGACGGCAUCGAAGAGGCUCAAGGAGAGAGCUUCGAGGGUUGUCUAACUAUACCUUCUACGCCCGGUGCCGCUUGCUCUAUGGAAAGAGACAGAGGCCCUUGCCGAGAGUUUACGGUGAAAUGGUUCUUCGACACGGAAUAUGGUGGUUGUUCGAGAUUUUGGUACGGGGGCUGCGAGGGUAACGACAAUCGUUUCAAGACUCAAGAGGAAUGUAAAACGGUCUGCGUGGAACCCAAAGGACGAGACGCUUGCUUCCUACCGAAAAUCAGCGGUCCAUGCGAAAGUUAUUAUCCAACCUGGUAUUACGAUCCUGGAAGAAAACAGUGCGGUCAAUUCGUUUAUGGUGGUUGCCUUGGCAAUGCGAAUAAGUUCAAGACAAAAGAGGAAUGCGAAGAGCUCUGUGUCGUUCCCGAUGACAUUGAUCCCUGUGAUCAGGCAAAGGAAUCCGGUCCCUGCGGAGGCAAUUUCACUAGAUGGUAUUAUAACAAGACUCUACAAACUUGCGAACGAUUCAAUUACGGUGGUUGCAAGGCAAACGACAACAACUUCCCGACGGAGCUCGCGUGUCAUCAGCAAUGCUUACAGCCUGGCCGAAGUCGCGCGCCCCUAGCGGAUGUGUGCGCCCUCGAGAAAGAUCCUGGGCCAUGUCCGGGCUCUGUAUUGCGUUGGUAUUACGAUUCAAGCCGUCGUACUUGUAGUCGAUUUGUUUACGGCGGUUGUAAAGGCAAUGGCAAUAAAUUCCGUACGCGGGCUGCCUGCGAGCAGCGUUGUCCGUCACAAGAACAGGAUGUCUGUCUCCUUCCUGCUCUUUUGGGAGAGUGCCAUAAUUACACUCAAAGAUGGUACUUCGAUUCGUACGAGCAACAAUGUAGACAAUUCUAUUACGGUGGAUGCGGUGGAAAUCAAAACAAUUUCGUCUCGCAACACGAUUGUAAAAAUAGGUGCGAAAUCACGGUUACGGCGGAACCACCUAAACAGGUCGGAUUUAAAACAGAAUAUUGUUUCUUGCCCGACUUUCAUGGUCCAUGUAACGAGGAUAAAAUGAAAUGGUUCUACGACAGCAAAGACGGUAUUUGCAAAGCGUUCGCUUACGGCGGUUGUCAAAGCAACGGAAAUAACUUUGACACACACGAGGAGUGCGAGUAUCGAUGCGGCCAAGUUCAAGAUCCGUGCGCUCUACCAAAAGUCGUUGGUACGUGCGACGGCAUUGUCAAGCAAUAUUAUUACGAUCGUCGAGACGACUUUUGUCACGAGUUCGAAUACAGCGGCUGUCAGGGCAACAAGAAUCGUUUUCAGGACAGAGAAUCUUGCGAGAGAAAAUGCAAGAUACAGCCAGCUGCGAUCACAGAAGAAAUUCGACCUACUACCAUGGCAACUACCUCCCAAACUGAGAUCGCGUCAAGUAGCUCAAUUUGUCAAGCACCUGUGGACGCUGGACCGUGUAACAAUGACAUUACCGCUUAUUAUUACGAUUCUCGAACGAACAUGUGUCAAGCGUUCAUAUACGGUGGCUGCGAAGGGAACGCCAAUAGAUUCCAAACGGAGGAACAAUGCGAACGUCUCUGCGGCAAAUUCCGCGGACAAGAUUUAUGCAAUCUAUCGGUGGAUCCGGGUCCAUGCAGAGCCCGCUUCUCCAAAUACUUUUACGAUCAAAACAUUCGUGCUUGUCGGCAAUUCAUUUAUGGCGGUUGCGAUGGUAACGCAAACAGAUUCAGUACGAUCUCGGAAUGCGAGUCACUUUGCGUUCAUCUCGAGGAACCUGCUCCCGUUGGAAACGACACCAUUCUAUCUCAUUUAGCCAUCUGUAAAGAACCAGUUGACAGUGGAUCAUGCAAUACCGGUUUCUCAAAACGAUUCUACUUCGACGAAGAAUAUCAAACCUGCAGAGCAUUUAUUUACACCGGGUGCGGUGGAAAUCGCAACAGAUUCAAAACCUUCGAAUCAUGCAUUAACACUUGUCUUAGGACUGACAACGAAAUCGACACAAGUUCGGAAAAAGACACGAAAGAUCCGUGCAUCGAGGCACGGGAGGAAUGCAAUCUAAUUCGUUGUCCUUACGGCAAGGAAGCAUACGUCGACGAUCAAGACUGCGAACGAUGCCGUUGCGUUGAUCCGUGCAGAACGCAAAUCUGUCCUGAAGGAACAAAGUGCUCGAUUACCUUGGUCCGUACUAAAGAUGGAACCGAAUACAAUGGCGUUUGCAGAUCGACUAUCAAAUCUGGACGUUGUCCAACCGUAUCGAACAGCACUAGGUGCGAACGCGAGUGCGAAACCGAUGCUGACUGUACAGGAGAAUGGAAGUGUUGCGACAAUGGUUGUGGCACGUCUUGUUUGGAGCCAGCAUUAGAGCAAGCAAUAACAACACCGUCGCUUUUCGUAACGCCACCUGUUACACCUCAGUACGGUGGCGAACCCGUAAGAAUAGAACAACCUGAACAAUCGCAUGUUACCGGCGAAGAGGGUAGUUACGUUACCUUGAAAUGCGUAGCUACGGGUUAUCCGGUUCCCAUCGUAACUUGGAGGAAAGACACGACGCUGAUCGGUACUACGGAGAAAAGGCGUCGUAUACUGGCCGACGGGUCUCUUCAGAUCAUAAACUUAUACACGAUCGAUAGAGGGAUUUACAUUUGUACCGCCGAUAACAGCGUAGGUCCGCCAGUUAGGAUAGAGUAUCAAGUGGAAGUCACGGAACCCAACGAACGUUCCGCGGCCAUCAUUGGAGAAAAGAACGCAACCGUGACGGUGACAAUGAAUUCACCGUCCCUCCUUCGUUGUUACGCUAUGGGUUGGCCGAGACCAUCCGUCACCUGGUGGCGUGGCGAUAACAUGCUUCCACUGAGUUCGGAGAAUUAUGAGCAAGACACUGAUUACACCCUAUUAAUACGCUCGGUGACCCUGACUAAUCUUGGUGUUUAUACUUGUCAGGCCUACAACGGCAUCGACAGACCAGCUUCUUGGUCUGUCACUUUGCAAACGAUAGGUCCAAUCUACAAUAUCAAACCGGAGUAUAAGAGCUACAUGAAAUACGUAGUCCUACCUCCAAAGAGACCGGUCACUGAAAAACCUCAGUAUCCUUACAGACCCAUUAGAACGCAUUCACCUGAUUAUAUCACAUUUGCACCCGUUCAGCCUACAAGACCUCACAUUCUUCGCGUUACGCCUAUUGAAACUACGACUCUAACGACUCCCGUUAUUUCUAAAUUCAAAGUACCGGUGAACGUAACCGUAUCGGUAGGUCAAGCUCAAUUUCCUGAAGGUAGCGACAUCAGCAUUGGUUGUACCAUUGACGGCUAUCCAAUACCACGAGUACUUUGGUACAAAGACGAUAAUCUCAUUCAAACGAACAAUCGAGUGAAAAUAUCCGAAGCAAACAGGCUUAUAAUCGCAGAUGCGAACAAAGACGACUCGGGCCGUUAUCGAUGCGAGGCAACGAACGAAUACACAUCUGAUUCUGACAGCGUAGAUAUAGUCGUAGCUGGCAUAUUUAUUCAUCCCAAUUGUCAAGACAAUAGCUUCUUCGCGAAGUGCGAUCUGAUCGUGAUGGCGCGUUAUUGCAGGCACAAGUAUUACGCCAAAUUCUGUUGUCGGUCUUGCACGGAGGAUGGUCAAUUGCCAUCAAGAGGACCGCACCUUGACAACUUGAGAAGAAAAAGAAUGAUAUUCUAAGAUGAUUCUCGAGAUUAAUAUCAUAUUCAUUCGAGACGAUGGACGACGAUCGUAAUCUUUCUUGAUAUGAACAUUCACUGGCGAAAGUAAGAAAUGAGAAAGGUAUGAUUAUAACACGAGCACCUUCGCGUAUCGCGUACGCUAUGCAAAUCGGCAUUAAUUCACUGCCAAAGCCUUAGAACGUCUAUACAUAGAUAUAUAAUAUAUACAUAUAUACAUACAUAUAUACAUACAUACAUACAUAUAUAUAUCUAUAUAUGUAUACAAAAAAAAAAACACACACACACAGAUAUAUACAUAUAUUUACUGGAAAAAUGAUUGGAAGAACUUAAAUGGUGCGAAGAUACGUGUGUACUCAAGAAAAAUCAUUCGUCGAUCUUCUCGUCCAAUCUUCAAUUCUCUCUUCCGUUUCUUUCCCCAUCCCCCUAUUUCUCUCCCUCCCUCUCUCCUUCUAUCCAUCCACCCGUCUGUCCAUCCUUUUCUUCCUUUCAACUUUCUCAUCCAUGUAUAUACGGUCUGACACUGAAUACUAGUCCGACAGAGUUCGACGUAAGCGGAUUUGAUACUUCGAGUUUUGAAAAAAGGCAUUCGGUGAAACCUUUGCGAUUAACUAUAUAGUCUAUAGUAGCUGUAUGUAUGUACGUCAUAGCGUAAUAUCUCCUUGCAAGAUUGUUUGCAAAUAUUCUUAGAUUUUUAUUUUAGGAUAUUACCGCGGCAACAUAUCCACGCGAACAGCCGUUGUAACGUUAUAAAAUCAUUGAUAAUGAAUUUUUCAUAGUUUUCCUUAUUUUAUUUUAAUUUUGAUAUAAACGACGAAUACACUUGAACGUUAAAGUUUCGCUAGACGUACGUCGUGACAGAGAAAAUCAAGAAGGGAAGGAACAAUUUAUCUGUGAAAAUAUAAAAAUGAUAACAGUGGCAUGACUUCGCUGUAUCAACAAAAUCUUGUAGGAAUCUAGUUGUAUGAUGCAUAUUACGAGCGUUAUGUUGUACAAUAUAAAUAGUUGAUUAUACAAUAUAUCGUUUAUAAUCUAUUAUAUUGUUAUUACUUAUUUGUAACGAAGACACAAAUGUUGCCAUAACGUGGACCGGUCGAAUGAGUAAAACAAGGAUGCUACAUUUUUCGCAUGACUUUGGAAGAGAUUUUUUUCCACAUUGUAAACGAAUAGAAUCAGAGAAGAAUAGAAUUACAAUAUGUUGCAUCUUUGAACCUACCUAAGUCGUACGCGUUUGCGUAUUAUCUCUUAAGAAAUUUAAAAUAAAUCAAUCAAUCAGUCAAUCGAUCAGUCACAAAUGUCUCUCGCAGAGAGACGAAUAACGAUAUUGCAUUUAUAUUCGUUCCUUCUUGGCUAUUUAUUGUAUUAGAAAUCGCGUAAUAACGAUGUCAUUCUCAUUCCCGAGAGCAUUAAAGCGCGUUAGAGUAUCGACGAGCGACCACCGAAACAUACCAAGAACAUUUAUAUACGCUGUUAAACCAUAAGUUAAUUAAAACAAGUAAUUUUAACAUACUCGGAAUUGACGUUUCGCACGUACGAUUUUAGAAGAUCGAACGAUCAUUAAUCGAUUUUCGUCGUCAUUUGGUUACGGUCAAAGAAGAGUGCCUUAUUAGAUGUCUUUAGAGGAAGAAAAAAAAAAAAAAAAAAAAAAAAAAAAAAAAAAAAGAAAAAGAAAAAAAAUAACAAAAGAGAUGAAAGAAAAAGAAAUGAACAAAUAAAAAAAAAAUGAAACAAUAAGAAAAAGAGAGAAUAUCCAGGAAAGAGAGUAUUAGGGUAUAUAAUUUAUAUGCGUGUAUCGUUAUGUAAAUAUAUAUUAUGUGGUAUGUUGCAGCGACAAAACGUAGUGGAUACGAUAUAUUGCGUUACGAUAUAUUAAACGAUGAAUUAAAGACGAUAAUUCGUUUAUCAUCGAAUACUCUUCUCUCCAUAUCAUUCUAGAUACGACCAAAACGAGUGCGCGCAUUUUUAUUAAUCCAAAAAUUGUUAGCGAACGUUGUUAGAAGAUUUUCUUAUAUCCAAUAGAGUCGAAAGAGUUAGUUCGAACUAAAAGAGGUUGUAUAAUCGGUAAAAUAAUAAUUGCAAAGAGAUCAAACUUU